AUAAUCGAUGAAGAAGAAACACAAUUCAUGAGUAAUUGUCCUGUGGCUGUUACUGAGAGUACACCAAGAAGACGGACACGCAUUCAUGUUUUCUGGACAGCACCUCCUGUUGGUACUGGCUGUGUAAUUCUGAAAGCCAGUAUUGUGCAGAAGCGAAUUAUUUAUUUUCAAGACGAGGGCUCUCUUACCAAGAAACUCUGUGAGCAAGACUCGUCCUUUGAAGGGGUGACUGAUAAACCAAUCUUAGACUGUUGUGCUUGUGGAACUGCAAAAUACAGGCUAACUUUUUAUGGAAACUGGUCAGAGAAGACACAUCCAAAAGAUUAUCCACGACGAGCUAAUCAUUGGUCAGCCAUCAUUGGUGGUUCUCACUCUAAGAAUUAUGUUCUUUGGGAAUACGGAGGAUAUGCCAGUGAAGGUGUUAAACAAGUUGCAGAGUUGGGGUCCCCAGUAAAAAUGGAAGAAGAAAUUCGGCAACAGAGCGAUGAGGUUUUAACUGUCAUCAAGGCGAAAGCCCAGUGGCCUGCCUGGCAACCACUAAACGUGAGAGCUGCUCCCUCUGCUGAAUUUUCUGUGGACAGGACUCGCCACCUGAUGUCUUUCCUUACAAUGCUAGGCCCCAGUCCGGACUGGAACGUGGGCCUGUCAGCUGAAGACCUUUGCACCAAGGAUUGUGGCUGGGUUCAGAAAGUCAUUCAGGAUCUGAUACCGUGGGAUGCUGGCACCGACAGUGGGGUUACCUAUGAGUCACCCAACAAGCCUACAGUUCCUCAAGAAAAGAUAAGACCACUAACAAGCCUUGAUCACCCACAAAGUCCCUUUUAUGAUCCGGAAGGAGGGUCGAUAGCAGUGGUAGCCAGAGUUGUCAUUGAGAGAAUUGCACGAAAGGGAGAGCAAUGCAAUAUCAUCCCUGAUAAUGUCGAUGACAUUGUAGCAGAUCUUGUUCCAGAAGAGAAAGAAGAAGAUGACACCCCGGAGACUUGCAUUUACUCAAAUUGGUCCCCAUGGUCAGCCUGCAGCUCUUCCACUUGUGAUAAGGGCAAGAGGAUGAGGCAGAGAAUGCUGAAAGCCCAGCUGGACCUCAGUGUACCUUGUCCAGAGACCCAGGAUUUUCAGCCUUGUAUGGGCCCCGGCUGUAGUGAUGAAGAUGGAUCCACUUGCAUGAUGUCUGAAUGGAUUACGUGGUCCCCCUGUACUGUUUCCUGUGGCAUGGGAAUGCGAUCUAGAGAGAGAUACGUGAAACAAUUUCCUGAAGACGGCUCUAUGUGCAAAGUACCGACUGAAGAAACUGAUAAAUGUGUUGUGAAUGCUGAGUGUUCUCCCAGUAGCUGCCUUGUGACGGAAUGGGGAGAGUGGGAUGAGUGCAGUGCUAGCUGCGGAAUGGGAAUGAGAAAGCGACAUAGAAUGAUUAAGAUGACUCCAGCUGACGGAUCCACAUGCAACACAGAAACUACAGAGGCAGAGAAAUGCAUGAUGCCAGAAUGUCACACCAUUCCCUGCAUGCUCUCCCCUUGGUCGGAAUGGAGUGACUGCAGUGUGACUUGUGGCAAGGGAAUGAGGACCCGGCAAAGGAUGCUGAAAUCUGCAGCUGAGCUUGGAGACUGUAGCGAGGAGCUAGAGCAAGUGGAGAAGUGCAUGCUUCCGGAGUGCCCCAUUGACUGUGAAUUAACAGAGUGGUCCAAGUGGUCUGAAUGCAAUAAAUCAUGUGGAAAAGGUCAUAUGAUCAGGACAAGAAUGAUUAAAAUGGAACCACAAUUUGGAGGAGCUCCAUGCCCAGAAACUGUUCAACGGAAAAAAUGCCGAAUAAGAAAAUGUUUGCGAGGUCCCGGUAUAGAGAAAAGGCGCUGGAAAGAAGCCCGUGAGAAAAGGAGAAGUGAACAUGCUAAAGAAGCUGUAGAUGGUGAGCUAUAUCCAGGCUGUAAGAUGAGAGCAUGGACUGCAUGGUCAGAAUGUACCAAACUCUGUGGUGGGGGAAUUCAGGAACGCUUCAUGACCGUGAAGAAAAGAUUCAAAAGUCCUCUGUUUACCAGCUGCAAAGACAAGAAGGAGAUAAGAGCAUGUAAUGUGCACCCUUGUUAGCAAAACCCGAAGUCUCAAAAUGAUGGAGAGCUAAAUGGAAAGUCAAUCUUGGCUUAGUAUUUUUAAAAAUAUAUAUAUAAAUUGUGUAUAUUAAUCUUCAUUUUUGCAGUGUGGAUUGCUUAUUAGUCUUGCUGGUGCAAGAAAUAUAUUUUAUAAAUAUUUCCUCACAUAUGUAUGCUGAGAGUGGUUCCUGGACUCUCCAGCUAGCCCUUAAUGCAUAAAACUAGUAUGCCAUUGUGAGUCAUUUAACACUGAAGUAAAGAUAUAUCUGAGGAUAUGCAAUAGCCAUAUAGAAAUAUUCCUUGUGGGGACAUGGGUUGCAUGUAACGUAACUAAGUUAAAGUGACAUAUUUCAUGUGUGGAAGGAAUUUCUCAUUUGAUUUGAUUUCAGAAUAUCCAAAGCAGGUGCCUAUGUAAUUACGCAACUGUGCCAAGGAAUAAUUUCAGCAAUGCUGGUUCAGUAAUAUUAAAGGUGCAUAUUUAUCUCUUCCUAACAGGUGUGUUAAACUAGUAUUUCUAAUUACUAUCCUAUAUAUUUCCCGUUAUGAGGCUCUCCUUCUUUAAACAUGGAAAAAGCUGAACAAUUAGAAUAUAAGCAUCAGUCUGCAUAGCUCAGUAACAAUGCACAGGUUUGUCCACCACUGUCUUAGAAAAGAUAGUAGCAGAAAUAGAGAAAGGCAGGGACUGUGCCACAGAAAAACUUCCAUAUGAGAGACUAGGAUCCAUUUCGUGAAGAGAUAAAUAUAAAACAGUGGAUGGCAUUGACAAGGCACAUCGGGUGCUCGUAUAAAAGAAGAAUAUUUUUGUUAUUUGAUCCAUACUCAGUCAACACAGGACAUAUGCUAGCAACAGAAAGAUUAUGAGGAAUUGUAAAAUGCCCAAACAUUUGUGAUUUAGCGGACUACAGCCUGAAGUUCAGAUAUAAAUCAUACUAGAGGAACUAAGCUUCACACUAAUUGGGACACAAAAAUUUACCUCAUUUUUGUCCAGGAAAGGGAUUAGAAAAACGUAUUCAUAACAAUGCACUGAGAAUAAAGGCUGUUGGUUUAGAACAGCGGUAGAUGAUUUAGUCAAAUCCUUUUAUAGUUGAUCACAAGCCCCCAAAUCCACUAUCUGGUUUUGACUGUCUUAAUUCAUUGGAACUGUUGCCACUUUUUGCAUGAUUCCACCUGUACUAUUAUACCCAAAGCAGCCAUCUGAGUCCACCGGGGCUCUCCAAAUCCCAGGCCUGUGCAUUUGACAAGUCCCGGUAAACUGCCUGUUGCAAGAACAUAUCAUUGGGUUAAAAAUACCCAUGCAAUUGAGAGCCAUGCAGCCUGCUCCUCACCAUGAGAUGAUUAGCUCCAAGACUCAGAUUAAGCUCAACAAGGCCGUUGUGGUCCUAUAGCAUGUGAGAGCUCUUUCUUCACCCCAGUUUAUGUAAGAAAAUGUCAUCAAAUUGUUAAUGCUCUGUUUCCUCUCACUAGCGUUCUUCUUUGGUAUUCUGUGUCAUCACAUUGUUUUAAUAUUAGAUUUAUUCCCUUUGCAAAUAUUUUCAUACUGGUUUAAUUCAUAUACAUAUGAAUAUAUCGAGUAUGAAUUAUAUUUGAACAUGCCUAUAAGGAAAAACUUUGGGCAACCCUCACACUGUGAAAGCGACAAGGAGUCCUGUGGCACCUUAUAGACUAACAGAUGUAUUGGAGCAUAA